GACACUGUAACCAGUCGAAACAUUUACGGGGCGGACCAAACGGAAGUUUAGACGGUUGCUGUGGGUGAAGAGACAGCUUCGCAGCAGACGAAAUUUUAAAAUUCUCCCCUUCAAUUUACCCAGUCUCCCCCUUUCCCUCACCCAUGUCGUCCAGCUCUAAUAUAGACAUCGAGGGUGCGACCCAGCACCUCCGGGAUAUCCUCAAGCUCGACCGUUCGGGAAACGGCGCCGAUGCUCAGUCAAGCGACAGUCUGAGAGCGCCGUCCUUCAACGGCGAGCUGAAUGGUUUGCUGGGAACCGGCCUGCUGGGCAGCAGUGACCGAACAACCAUGUCGGACUCUACCAGACCCAUUUCCACAGACAUCAGCAGCCCUCAGGGCCGUCAGAUCAUCUGUCUGACGGGUGAUGACGGCUCCACCUGCAUCCCCAUCACCUCCAAUAACGUGGAGAUCGUGGCGAGCGAAGACUCCAGCAUCAACAGCAAAGGACGCGGCAGCAGCAAGGUUAAGAUUCAACCUGUUGCCAAGUACGACUGGGAGCACAAAUAUUAUUAUGGUCGGCUUAUAGCGGUGUCCAACUCCUUCCUGGCUUACGCCAUCAAAGGAACCAACAACCACGCCAUGGUCCGGGUCCUGAGUCUGGACUUUAACGAGCGCUCCUUGCUGAAGGGAUUCACCGGCGCCGUCACAGAUCUGGCGUUCGCCCACCUCGACUCCUCGCUGCUGGGCUGCGUUGAUGAAGCGGGAAACCUGAUGGUCUGGCAGCUCACCUUCACCGGCAACAAGAUUCUAGAUCAGAUCGUGGUUCACAUCCAGCGGGGAGAAGACACGCCCCUCAACUCCCAUCGCCGCCUCAUCUGGUGUCCGUACAUUCAGGACGACAAUGAGGAGAACCAGGAUGACAGCAGCCAGACGUUGGCCCUCCUGCAUGAAGACAGGGCGGAGGUGUGGGACCUGGAGAUCCUCAGAGCCAACAUUAGCAGCUGGCCUGUUAAUGCCGCAGAACUGAAAGAAGGUCUGAUUACAGUCAAGGGGCACACUCAGCGAGUCAGUGAGGGGGCGCUGUCACCAGAUGGGACGGUGUUAGCCACAGCUAGCCAUGACGGUUACAUCAAGUUCUGGCAGAUUUACAUCGAAGGAGGACAGGACAAGCCCAGGUGUCUCCACGAGCUGCAGCCCCACGGGGGGCGCCCCCUCUCCUGCCUUCUGUUCUGCGACAACCACAAGAGGCAGGACCCGGAGGUUCCAUUCUGGCGGUUCCUCAUCACUGGAGCAGACCAGAACCAGGAGUUGAAAAUGUGGUGCACUGUUUCCUGGACCUGCUUACAGACAGUCAGGUUUUGUCCAAAUCCAUUCAACUCCUCCGUUCUGCCAAACCUCAAAGCCAGUCUGGACCUUUCUGCUGAAUAUCUGAUCCUCACUGAUGUGCAGAGGAAGGUUCUGUAUGUGAUGGAGCUGCGUCAGGACCUGGAGAAAGGGAAGGCCAGCUUCAGCGCUGUUUCCGAGUUCCUGCUCACCCACCCUGUGCUCAGCUUCGGGGUUCGGGAUGUGAUGCUCACCAGGCUGCGACACACGGAGGUCCUCCCUGCAGAGGAGGAGACCGAGAGCAUCUCCACAGAGGGCGCUCAGGGACCCACAGAGUCCAAGUCUGGAAUCCAGAUUAAACUCUACUGCGUCCACACUAAGAGUCUGCAAGAUGUGCAAAUCUGGUUUCAGCCAAACUCGUGUUCUGGCUCUGCGGGCUUUCUUCCACAUUCCGACUCCCAGGACGGUUUUGCCGGGUUUUCGGACCACCUCACCGACCACAGCUCUGACAAAGAGUCUGGAAGCGGCUCUCAGAGCGACCUGAGGAAGAUCCCGUCACUUCCGGCUCCAUCCGACUUCCUUUCAAACUCAGGGGUCGUGGGCGGAGCCAUGACGAAGCUGAUGACCCCCGACGCUUUCAUGACACCGAGCACUUCGGUGCCGGCCUCUCCCGGCAGCAGCGCCAGCAGUCUGACCAUCGUCACAGGAACCAGCAGCAACUCUGACUCCACCAACAGGUCAGACUCUGUGAUUUCAGAUCUGAUUUCUCUGAGAGCUGGGGAUGAAGUCAGUCAGAGCCCGAGCAGAGGAGACGAUGGUGGUAGUGGUUUGGGUUUUUCUGCCCCCUCCAGCAGCCCCAGAGGAGUGUCUGCUGUUCUGCUGCCUGGAUUGGAGAACCUACAGGCUUUGUCACCUCCCAUCGGUGCUCUGGCUCUGGACAGCCCACAGCCCCUGGAUUCGCCCCUGCUGCCACCUCUGACCUCCCCCACCAGGGCCCGCUCUCCCGACGUCAUCUCCUCCGCCUCCACGGCCAUGACGCAGGACAUGCCGGAGAUCGCGCAGACGCUGCAGCUGCAGCGCGGGUUUGUGCCCUCCAUGGAGGCCUUACCUAUGCCCGCACUGCAGACGGACAGCAUGGCCUCUGCUGCCUCUGCUCUGCACCUGCUGACCUCCCCGCUGUCGGCCAACAGCAGCAGCUUGCUGCAGCUGGAACUGGGAGGUGGCGACGGGCAAAGUGGCGCUGCAGAGUCUGAGUCCCGGCUCAGCAACACGCCGUCUCUUCUGGAGAACGCUCUGUCACACGAGAACUCCGGAGCCGCGGGGGGAACUUCAGAUGGAAACGUCAGUCACACAUCCUGGCCGGCGGCGCCGGACAUCACCAGAGAGACCAGGAACAGCCUGAGAGACAACGGGCUCGGAGACUGUUCAAGGGAGGAGUCAAAGGACAGACGCCUGAGCUCUCCUUACCACCGGCGCUCCUAUCACCUGAUGCAAACGGAGAGUCAGGAUGCUGGUGCAGAGCAGAGUGACCCCGAUGAAGAGGUGGCGAGUCUGGCAGCGUCUUCUGGAAACUGCGGCUCUCGCUCGUCACACAGAAUGUCUGUGAAAGACUGGAAGAGUUCUCCACGAGGAUCACCGAAGCUGAAGAGGAAGAUGAAGAAGGAUGACGGUGAAUCAUCUCAGUCCAGACAGCUGGAUUCUGUUCAGUUCAAUGCAGAGGCUCAGAACGAGCUGUUGAUGCUGCUACGCACCCAGCAGAGGGAGUUAAGUGAACUGUGGGGAGUGAUGGAGGCCAUGCCGGGCAGCAUCAUCGCUCAGGUGGAGCACGUCCUCAUCAAACACCAGGAGCAGGAGCACCGCAGACUGGAACGGGUUCUGGCAGAGAGUCAGAAUCAUCAUCAGCAGCUUCACGAACAGCUCAGCCAGCAGCUGAGCAACGCCCUGAGCUCGGCGCUCUCCAUCCGAGUGGACAAAGUGCUGCGGGAGGAGCUGAAGAAAACUGUUCCUCAGACGAUUUCUAAGAGCCUGGAUCCGGUGACGGGACAGCUGAACAACACGAUCGCUGCUAAGCUGACGGCCGUGGAUGCCACUUUGAGGGAGAACGUCAGCAAGAUGGUCAAAUCAAAGAACACGACGGACGCGAUCGGCCGAGCGGCAGCCGAGGCCAUGCAGGGACCCAUCCAAGCGGCCUACAAAGACACCUUCCAGAGCAUCGUGCUGCCCGUGUUUGAGCGAGGCUGCCAGUCCAUGUUUCAGCAGAUCAACGACAGCUUCAAACAAGGAACUCAGGAUUACAUCCAGCAGCUGGACGCUCACAUGAAGAGCAGAAAGCAGAGGGAGCAGGAGGCGCGGGACCCCGUGGUCGCUCAGCUCCAGCAGAUGAUGGACAACUUCCAGAGGAACACCGAUCAGCUGGCCAGCAGCAUCACCACUACGGUCCGGGCCGAGGUUCAGCACCAGAUGCAGAUGAUGGUGGGAAAUCUGCAGGAGUCCAUUGUCAGCCACGUGCAGCGGAUCGUCAAAGGCGAAGUCAGCCUGGCCAUGAAGGAGCAGCAGGCGGUGGUCACCUCCAGCAUCAUGCAGGCCAUGAGGUCGGCGGCCGGAACGCCCGUUCCCACAGCACACUUCGACUACCAGACACAGCAGGCCAACAUCCUGCAGCUCCUGCAGCAGGGCCAGCUCAACCAGGCCUUCCAGCAGGCUCUGUCUGCCACCGACCUGAACCUGGUUCUGUUCGUGUGUGAGACCAUCGACUCCCAGCAGGUGUUCGGUCAGCACCCCUGUCCGCUCAGCCAGCCCGUCCUGCUGUCUCUCAUCCAGCAGCUUUCUUCCAACCUGGCCACCCGCACUGAGCUCAAAAUCAGCUACCUGGAGGAUGCAGUGAUGAAUCUGGACCACAGCGACCCCCUGACCCGUGACCACAUGGCCUCCGUGCUGGCACAGAUCCGACCCAAGCUGAUCGCAUUUCUGCAGCAAGACCCCCAGAACCCGCUUUCCAAGAGGGCGCGGCGCCUGGUCAUGAUGCUGCAGGGCCUCGUCAGCCACUAGUCCCCCGCCGUCGGAGGAGCUCACCUCGUUCUUCACGUUUCUCUCCAGGAGUGUUCCAGAGCUCCGAAAACGCUCGUGUGAAAAUAAAAAAACAGACUUGUUUUCUUUAAGUUUAAGGUCAGGUUUAAAGACACUCCUCAUGCAAACGUUCCUGCAGUUCUGCUGCAUCUACUGACCCCGCCCCUCAGAGAAAACCAAGCCCCGUCUCCAGAUCUUUAAAAGCAAACUGCAGGCUCAAACAUUUCUUUUUCUUUUUUUUUCCUGAAACAUGCGGGAUUAUGCUGCUCUCUGUUUGGACUUUUUGAAAUAAUCCUGGCUACCAAAAAGUAGGAACUCUCAGUGCCAUUUUCUGCUCACUGUGUCAUUUUCUUAAACUAUUUUUUUUCAAAGACUGCUGAAGAAUCAGUUUCCUUUUCUGGGCUUCUCUUGAACAAAUCCAAAUUUCCAAACAACAAAAGAAGCAAUCAAGUAUUCAUCAAAAUGAGGAUUCCCACCUUGCAGCCGUCCUUCCCUGAUUUUCUCAUUUUUAUAUAAGCAUAUAUUCUUUGUAAGCCAUGUAUACUUGCUUUAAGUUGUCAACGUAUCUUAAUUAAAAAUCAAAUCGUCACUUUCCCUAAUUUUACCAAGAUUUACAGAAAGUUUGUGAACCUAAUGUGCAGUUCCUUCUCCUGCGCUCCGGAGGGCAGCACUCUUGCUCUUUUUCUGUUCUACCUGUUCAUGUAUCACCUCUGUUUGUCCUGGAAAGUGUAAAAGUGUCCGCCUCACCCAUCCUGGUUUCAUGGCAGAACAGACGCUUCUGUGAUUGUAAAAAUAAAAGUUCUGUUCAUUUGAACUGUGUGUUUAGCAGCUGUGGGAGUAGAAAGUGCCUUACCGUGUUUUCACCGUUUCCACGCAUUAGGCCCAGGAGAAGCUGGACGUUCAGUUGACAAACGUUUCGGGCAGAGACACUGUUCCAGAAAGAGAAGAAGAAAUCUUUGACUGCUAGCAGUUUGCAGACUGGGAUUAUUGGGAGUUCAUGUGAAUGUUUUAGUUAUUUUUCUCUCUUUAUAUCAUGUUAGUUCCCCUCUGCUCGGGUUGUUCUGUUGUACCUUUUAAAGUUUAUUUUACUCUCAACAUUUUGGAAUAAAACCUAAAAAACUA